AGGCGGGAGGCUGUCGGGGUGCGGGGAAGCGGAAGGGUGUCGGGGUUCUGGAUUUCGGGCUGUCGGGCCGGCCCCGCUCCCGCAGCCAUGGCGUGGCCGCCGCGCCGCUGCUGAGGGAGCCGCCAUGGCCGCGGCGCUGCGGGCCGCGCUCUGCAGCGGGCUCCUGCUCUGCGUUUCUGGAAUGAUCCCAAAGCCCCGAAACGCAAGGAUCACUUCAGUCAAUCUUCACAGCACCUUGCAGUGGGAUGCACCAAGGUUCCCUGAAGGGAACAUCACCUACACUGUCCGAUCCAAGAGCAUCAACAUCCCCGGGGACAGCUACGACACGCUGGGGACGCGGCUGAGCCUGCCCGAGUGCGACGUGUCCUCCCUGUCCGUGUACGGUCACUACAUCCUGCAGCUGCGAGCCGAGGCGGGACGGCAGCGCUCCCCCUGGCUCACCCUCCGCUUCAAACCCAUGGAUGACACCACCGUUGGCCCCCCUGAGGUGAGGCUGAAGUCGGAAUCUGGGGAUCUUCACGUGGAUUUCUCGGGGCCCUUUGCAGGGCACGGGCAGGACAGGUGGCCCCUGAGGCACUACUAUGGCUCCUGGAAUUACAGGAUCUUCUACUGGAAGAAAGGCAGCACAGACACAGACCUGGCCUCUGCUUCCAGGGUUGCUCAGGUGGACACCAAACACAACUCUGAGAUCCUCUCCCAGCUGGAGCCAUGGACAGUUUAUUGUGUCCGAGUGCAGGCGGUGAUUCCCGAGUGGAACAAGACAGGGGAGCUGAGCAGGGAGCUCUGUGAGCAGACAACCCACAAUGGUGUAACCCCUGUGUGGGUAACUGUGACUGUCCUGGUGGGAUCAAUGCUUGUUGUGGCCACAGCUGUCACUGUUUGUUUCUUCUCCAGUUUUUAUCUGUACAGACUCACCAAACACGUUUUCUGCCCUUCCUAUGUUUUCCCAGAACACUUGAAAGAGUUUUUGACCAAACCUCCCAGUGCUCUGCAGCCUUUCCCUCCACUUCCAAAUGAAGAACUCCUGGUUUGUGACAAGCUGAUUGUGAUUUCAGAGCAACCCCAAAGCCUCGAGGAGGGCAGUGGGGAUGAGGCCAGCAGGACACCAGAGCACCCUGAGGACUCUGCACAAGGAGCCUCGGACUCAGGAGUGGGAGCAGCCUCGGGAAAAACCUAAAUAUCCUCAGGAAAAACCUAAAUAUCCUCAGGAAAAACCUAAAUAUCCUCCUCAUUCUUCCUUGGAGAAGAAGAAGAAGCAAAAGGACUUUUGGGUUUAUCUCAUUGCUGAAUUCUCCAGCAGAAAAAAAUCCACAGACAAACACAUGACCACAGACUUCUGACAGAAUCAUUAUAUUUUUUUAAGUACAAGAAACUUGGCUCAAAAUGAGGAAUUAAAUGAUCCACAACUUUUGCCACUGUUGGUUGUGGCUCCCUGAGGAGUUGUAGCAACUCUGGCACUGAUUAUGACAUUAAAAAGCAAAUGUCAUAUUUAUACAUAUAACACUAAUUACUUUGACAAAUUAUUUAUUGCAAAAACGAAUCAAAAUGUUUAUAAAAUAA